AUGGGUUUCAGUGAACUUAUGGGCUAUAUGUCCAUUGCUUCCUGGCUGGGAGCUCAGUUUCCGCAGGUUCUGGAGAACAUGAGACGAAAGUCCUGUGAAGGCCUGGCCCUCCCUUUCUUGCUCAAUUGGCUAAUGGGUGACAUGUCAAAUCUCAUUGGAUGUCUACUUACGCAUCAGCUUCCGUUCCAAACUUAUCUCGCGAUAUACUUCUGCUCUGUGGAUUGUAUUUUGCUGGGACAAUACUUCUACUAUGGCGGCGGAAAAUCGCACCCACAACAGCAUAAACAUACCCGAUCGCGCACUACAUCCAUUGCCGGUCGAGCGUCUUCUGAGCGGGGUGCACUGCACUAUCGCGCGCUCUCGACAGUCGCAGCAAACGUCGCUGUCGUGGCUGCAUUAGCUGCACAGCAAGAUGAGCCAGAAGAUGUACGAUCUGGGAGGUAUCACGACCGUAGCACCGACGAACUUCACGAGAGCUUGACGCAUCCGAGCCACCAAGAGCCUCCAGCAGACGAAGCGGAUAACGAGUUGUCCGCACUCACCGGAAGCUUCCACUCAGAAAUGGGCCGCGUUAGCGGCAAACGCGUAUCAUGGAGCCAAGAACGCCGACGCGGAAAUAGUGUGGGACAUGGGCAGGCAUCUUUCCUCCCUCCUACUCUGCAGAUCACUGCUCCACGCGAUGCGUCCUCAUCGGCGAGGGGACGCUCGUUGCGACGAGAGGUAGACUCGAAUGACGAGGAGGAGCAAACCGAGGAACGUAGGUCUAGUGCUCACAGAACGAGCUCUCGAGCGAGCCGCAGAGGGGCAGGUAUGGUUUUCUUAGGUGUCUGGGGUUUGUUUGGUGUUGGUACGCUCGCAAGACGUCAAUAUACGUCCUGGCCUGAGAAGAGCGGUGAUGUAGGGAGAGUGCUAUCAGCGGACGCAGAUUAUGUUUCAUUCAUACCAGGCACGGAGGGUUACGAUGGUGCAUACGCCGGGGUAACAUCAACACCUUCAAACUCUGUCCAUGUAGUCUUCCCGUCGACGCCAAGUGGCACCUCAGGAUUCUCGCAAGUCACUCUCAAGGAAGAGCCAGCGAACAAAAGGAUAAUUGGUCGCAUUUUUGCAUGGCUAUGUACUGUGCUUUACCUAACUUCGAGAUUGCCUCAGAUAUGGAAGAACUACGCUAGAAAGUCAGUUGAGGGCCUAUCCAUGUUUCUUUUUGUUUGCGCAUUCCUUGGAAACUUUUUCUACGUGGUCUCGAUCUUAACCUCUUCCAGCAUGUUCCUACCUCCCCCGGGACCAACCGAUUUCCUCAAAGAGACUAUUCCAUAUCUGUUAGGAAGUGGCGGUACUUUCAUGUUCGACGUUACUAUCGUUUCUCAGUUCUACAUCUAUCGAUUACGACCUCGAUCCCGUGGUCGACGCAAUUCCGUACGGGAUAGCGAAGAAGCAGCUGGUUUGUUAGCCAGCGAUAGCGCACUUGCAGAUUCUUGUGACCAUAACCAGAAUCCAGGUGUAAUACCUCAUCCUAGAAGCCGGACUUCUGAUACAAAUGCCGAUAGUUAA